CAACCCCAGGCCGUAAUUUCCUUCAUCCGGCUUUUUAAGUUGCUCCCGUGAUCCAUUUCCAGAGUCCCAGGAAGAAAGGAACCAGAGCUCUAGGGUCCACUGCUCCGCGGAGGUGUUUUAGCUGAUUAAAUAACGACCCCGGGGCUCCGAAUUCCGAUACACUAUCAGUUUUGAGGUAACCGUCACGCCAUCAUUCCAUUCCACACUUUCUUCUUGGGAGAAAACCACCAUUCCAUAUUCGCCAAUCAAAUCCAGUUCGGUCAAUUGGCACUCGCCGUAAUUCCGCCGUUGUUCGUCAGAUUUCGGCCGGAGAUCACCAGAUCUGAAUUGAAGCAGAGGGAAACCAGUAAUGAAAAAUGGCAAAUACAAGUUGGGGCGGACACUGGGCGAAGGGAAUUUUGGGAAAGUGAAGUUUGCGACGAGAGUCGACACCGGCGAACCCUUCGCUGUUAAGAUUCUCGAUCGAAAGAGGAUCCUUGACCUAAAGAUCCACGAGCAGAUAAAGAGGGAGAUCGCGACCCUCAAGCUUUUGAAGCACCCCAACGUCGUACGACUCCAUGAGGUUUCUGCAAGCAAGACAAGAAUCUAUAUGGUACUUGAAUAUGUCAAUGGCGGGGAGUUAUUUGAUAAAAUAGCAACGGGAGGGAGGCUUUCAGAAGAGAUUGGCCGUAAGCUUUUUCAGCAGUUGAUUGAUGGCAUAAGUUACUGUCAUGAUAGAGGAGUUUAUCAUAGAGACCUAAAGCCUGAGAACGUUCUUAUCGAUGCAAUAGGAAAUAUUAAGAUAUCCGACUUUGGACUUAGUGCUUUAUCCCAACAUCUGUGGAAUGAUGGGCUAUUGCACACGACCUGUGGAAGUCCUAAUUACAUUGCUCCUGAGGUCCUUGCCAACAGAGGUUAUGAUGGUGCCAUGUCAGAUAUCUGGUCUUGCGGUGUAAUCCUUUAUAUUAUUCUUAUCGGAGCACUUCCAUUUGAUGAUCGAAAUCUCGCAGUUCUUUACCAAAAGAUUAUUAAGGGAGAUACACAGAUCCCCAAAUGCAUUUCCAUUGGUGCUCAAAACAUUCUAAGGAGGAUUCUAGAUCCAAAUCCUAAAACUCGGAUAGAUGUAGCUCAAAUCAAGGAAGAUGCUUGGUUCAAGCAAGAUUAUAAUCCGGCCACUCCCUAUGAUGAUGAUAACAUAUACCCAGAGGAUGAAACCCUCUCACUGUCUAAUGGGGUAGAUGAGUGUGAAAACACGCCCACUUUAAUCAAUGCUUUUGAGCUCAUAGGAAUGUCAUCUUGUCUUGAUCUUUCAGGUUUUUUUGAAAAAGAGGACAUAACUGAAAGGAAAAUCAGAUUCACAUCAAACUGCUCCCCAAAAAAUUUGUUUGACAAGAUCGAUGAAAUUAUUGCUGAAAUGGGCUUCCAAGUUCAAAGUGCAAACCGAAAGUCGAUGAUCCUGCCGAAAACUAGAGUUUUUACAGCGUCAAGAAGUCCAAGCUCGCUUUCUGUAGCUGCUGAGAUAUUUGAGCUCAGCCCAACCCUUUAUGUUGUGGAACUGCGCAAAGCUUAUGGGGAUUCGUCUUUGUACAGAGAGUUAUGCUCUAAGAUAUCAAACGACUUGGGUCUCUUCAAAAGUGAAUCGCUUUCGAACAAUCCGGCAUUAUUGUCAUAGCUCAAUCAACUUGAAGGUGAUUGAUAUGUCAGUGUUGUGUAAAUAUUUAGUUGGCAAAAUUUAGGUUUCAGAAAAAAAUAAGAAUGUCAAUUUUUUUUUGCCAUUAAUUAUUUGUUUUAGAAUAGUUGUAAUUGUAAAUUAUUUGUAUCCCUUAUAAUUGGGUGUUGUAUUUAUGAUAGAAAAAAUCAUAGUUCGAUGUAAAGUUUUCU